AUGAAUCGUCGAUAUGCUCAGAGUUUUGAUGAAGAGACAAUUCGCCGGUUGCAGCAAAAUGUCGGCGAAACGCGGAAGAUGAAUGCUCAAGUGGAAAGAGCCAAGGAUGCUGAAGAAGCGAAGCAAGUCGAUCUUGAAAAUCAUCUGCAUAAAAUUUCUGCCACGGUUAGCGAGUUUCAUGAUGCCAUUAAUAAGUCUAAGCGACGAGAGAAAGAGCUCCUCAAGCAAAUCGAAUCAUGGGUGGAAUUGCUCAAAAGUCACAAGCAAAUGGUGGAACAUGAGGAUGCGCGAUUUCAAAGUGUGAGCGAGGAAAGCGAACAGUUUUGUGAUGAUUUGGAGUUCAACAUUGACUUACUCAAACGCAAGCGGAUCAGCGUCGAUGCAUUGGUGCUUGAUCUUGCUCGAACGAGGGAAUAUCAUGAUACAUUUAUCAAACAAUUGCGCAACGAUUUAAAAGGACAAAAGAAUGAACUCGAGAUUUGGGAUAAACGCUUACUGGACAACAAGCAACCGUUGGCUGCACUCGCCGUUUUGACCAGUCGCUUGAAUUCUGCUCAUCGUGAUGGUGUUAUUUCAAGUGUUUCUGAAGCCCCGAAUUUGAUUGUCCAGGGUACUCUAAAACCCGUCAAUCCGCAACCAAUGAAAGCUCAAACGAUGACACUUGCGCCUGUGUUGUUUCAAAACAACAACAACAACAAAAGGGAUCGACACACUUCAGAAAGUUCGGUGGAAAUACCCAUGGAGUUUGAAUCACGCGCACCCACAUACUUUGGCCACAUGGCAGCAUUCGAAAAUCGUCCACACGAGGAGGUCCAGCAACGUGCGAAGAAAAGUGGCUUGUUCAUUACGAGUCAGAUUCGUGAAGUAUUACGCACGCAUCAUUCGAGCACUAACUUGUCCCAGAAGAGUCCACAACUGGGAGAGAAGCAAACUAAGAAAUUGAUGGAGGAAAUAUCACCUCAAAUCAUGAAGAAGUCAAUUAAAGAAACCACUUUGACUGACCAUGAAUUGCGCAGUUCGGCCCAGGAAAAUCGCUUCGAUUCGGUGACAAUGUCUGCCUCUCGAACCGGUCUUUUUGAGUGUCUUGGCCAUGUGAACGAUCCAACGCAGACCGUCGGUCAGAAGAAUGAGAAGGCUCCUCAGCCAAGUCAACAGGCACAAAGAUCGAAGGAAAAUGAAAAAGGAAAUGUGAUUCAAGCUGGCCAAACUUCUCCAACACGCAAAGACGAGAAAGUGGCUGAACACGAACCUGUGCCGAAAGAGGAAAAGUCUGAAGCAAAUGAAACACCGCCCGAUCUGAAAGGAGAGAAGGAUCCGGCAAAUGGAGAAGCAUCGGGACUCCGAAAAGACAAGGCUCGAGCGCAUGGAGGAUCGCCAUCGGCUGAAGAGGCGGGCAAGGCAGAGAUCAAAGCAGACGGAGAAUCAUCGACACCCAAAGAAGAUAAGGCCCAAGCGGAUGCACAAAAAUUGUUGGCCAACGAAAAGAAGGCACAGGCAAAUGAAAGGAAGGAAAACGUUCAACCGAGUGAAGCUGACGCUCGUGCAUUAAUCGAAGAGACGGAUCAAGCAAACGGACAAUCAUCUGCGCCCAGAUCGGAAAAAGUCCAAGAAAAGCAAGAGUUGCCCGUGUCUAAUGGGGAGAAAGCUCAAGCUAAUCGUUCUUUCGUUUUGGAUAAGGAUCAAGUUGACGAUCUUGCCGACAAGCUUCUGCGUCUCGCAAAUGAUGGAUUACAG